AUUCGACGUCAGGUCGCGGAGGAAGAAGGAGGACUUUCGAUCUGGCGGUGAACUUCCAACUGACUUUUUUAGUCAGUCGUCGAGUCCCCUCUCUGUGGGGCCAAGGGCGGCGAAGUUGGCAUUUUGUUUUCCAUUUACGCGUACGUAAACGUCUGCCUAUGCUUCUCUGAUUCUAGGCACUCUUACGCGUAAGCAAAAAUCCUGAAUGCUCUCCAUAAGCCGAGGUGAGGUAGAAAAGCGGUUGUCUUGGCCCUGAGCCUUCCGCGUUCCCGUUGCCAGACGUCUUGAUUCUGCGGCAAGGCGCCAUUUUUUGUUCGCCUUCUCUCUGUGGUUGAACUUAUUCGUUUUCAUCGAUCAUUGCUUCUUCCUUCUCUGUCAUGACGGCUACUCAUUCUUUGGUCUAGAACUGCAGUCCUAGAACGCAGCCGUCGCGGCUCUCAUCAUCUCCUUAACCGCUGUUUUUCGGCUCACGCCCCCUCGGUAUUUUUAGCUCUUCUUCAUACCUCUACAUAUAUUACUAGGUUUUUCUCUCCUGUUUCGAUAUUCAAUCUGCGACACAAAGCCAUCGACCGGCGCUUCUCGUCUGAGAACACACGCUUUCCUGUUUACAUCGACUUCUCCCGACAGCACUAUGGGAAGCAGAGGCACCCUCUCUUAUCAAAGCGGGGCGGGGGGUCGAGACAAGAGGAAACGGGAAGAGCGCUUGGAGCUGAGCAGAAAGAAAAAGGCAAAAAAGCGGCAAGAGGAGUACGCCGCAGCAAGGCGACAUGACUCUCAGAACCGGCAUGGCAAGCCCGGGAGUGCGCCGUCUUCCAAACGCUCUGGAAAAACCAACAGAGGUCGCCUGUGCGACACUGAAGAUUCCUCAGAAGAAAACGCAGAAUCAGACGAAGAGGUAGAGGAAGAAGAGGAAGAGGAGGAAGUAGAAGAAGAGGAAGAAGAGGAAGAAGAAGAGGAAGAAGGAGAGGACGACGAAGAGGACGAAGAUGUGGAGGGAGAAGAGGAAGUCGACGAGGAUGAAGAUGUAGAACUGAGUGAUGGGUGUUUAGACGUAAGUUUCGGCGAGGAGGAGUCAGAUGAAGACGCAGCCGACUCCGACGCAGACGACGGAGAAGCGGGGAGCACGCACCAGGGGGACAGAGAGCCGCUCUCUGCGACGCAGACGAAGAAGCAGGGUGGCGACGAGGACCUCGAGGUGGACUCUGGAAACCAGAUGGAAAAGGAUCAAAAGACCAAAGGCCCUCCCGGUCAUAAAAAACAGUGCGCGUAUGUGAAGCACAACGCACUUCUUCAUACGCAGACAGCCUGGGGAGAUCUCCCUUUGAGUCGACCGCUUCUCAGAGCUAUUCAAGAUCUCGAGUAUGCUCACCCGACGCACAUUCAAGCGGCGUGUCUCCGUCCGGCUCUGGAGGGCCGCGAUCUGCUCGCCAACGCACAAACAGGUUCGGGCAAGACCGCAGCAUUCCUUCUCCCUACACUGGAGCGACUGCUGCACAGUCCUGGAGUUCGCAGUCGCAAGAUGACAGCGAAUGGACCGACGGGAGGGCUGCGAGGCACGAAGGCUCUUGUGCUGCUUCCGACUCGUGAGCUGGCGAUGCAGUGCGUUCAGAUGCUUCAGUGUCUCUCCAAAUACACUCCCAUUACCCACGCGCUGGCAUGUGGAGGAAUGACUUUGAAGGCACACGAAAGCGCUUUGCGGCACCAGCCGGACAUUGUCGUGGCAACUCCUGGGCGCAUUCUCGAUUUACUGCUUAACUCACCAACGGUUCACCUGGAACUGCUCGAGAUUAUUGUCCUCGAUGAGGCCGAUCGGCUCCUCGAACUUGGCUUCCGCGAGGAGAUUCUCGCCAUUCUCCGUCACUGCCAUCGCGCCCGUCAGACUCUCCUCUUUUCUGCCACUCUGACGCCCUCUAUUGCUUCUCUCGCCUCCCUCGCUUUGAAUCGUCCCCUGCACAUUUCGGCAGAGGCCACGGUCACGGACAGCACCGCGGGUCGGGAGAAGAGCGGAUUCACUGUGACGUCUUUGCAGGCUGCAACUGCGGCACUGAAGACAGUUUCGUCGACACUAGAGCAGCAAUUUGUCAUGCUCCAAAGAGAGGAACACCGUGCUCCCGCUCUUCUCCACCUGUGCACCACUGCCUACACCAAAAAUGUCAUUGUUUUCUUCCAGACCAAGAAGCUCGCGCACCAGACGAGUCUUCUGUUCAAGUUCAUGGGCUUGAAGUAUGCAGAACUUCAUGGCAACCUGACACAGCAGAUGCGUGUAGAGGCCCUUGAGAGGUUCCAUGCCGGAGAAGCGGAUUUCCUUCUGGCUAGCGAGUUGGCGUCUCGAGGCUUGGAUAUCGCAGGCGUGGAAGCGGUCAUCAACUUCAACGUUCCAGCCGAUAUUGACCGAUACAUCCACAGCGUAGGACGGACGGCGCGUAUGGGUAGGAGCGGUGUGGCUGUGACGAUCUACCAUCGGGAUGGCACAGAGCGUCUGCAGGUGAAGAAGCUUUUGCAUGCGCUGCGUAGUGGCCUGAACCAGCCGGGCGAGAAAGCCGGCAAGGGCAAGAAGGGGAAAGGAGACAAGGCGCAAGAUGGCAGCUUGGCCAGUGGACCUCGCGUGUUUCAAAGGAGAAUCGACGCGGACAAACUCGAGAUGCUCGAGAAAAAGGUCAAGUCGCUGCAAGGAGACAUCGUCCGCGAGCUGAAGCGAGAGAAACUGGAGCGAGAAGUGCGUCUUGCUGAGCUCCAUUUACAGAAGGCAGAGAACCUACAAACGCAUGCAGAUGAGAUAUACUCAAGGCCUAUGCGACAAUGGUUCAUGACAGCCAAAGAGAAGCAGCGAUUGAAGGACGAGUCUAAAGCUCUCGUAGGAAAGGACGCAGAAGAACGAGAUGCACUUGAAAGGGCUCGUGCCUCCUCUAGUGAUGAACGCAACGGCAGAGCACCCCUCAGUGAAGAUGAAGCGGAAGAAGACAGCGAGACUGAGGCAGACAACGCCGAUCAAAUGGACAGCGACGACGAAGAGGAUGUGGCAGAUGAAUCCAACUCAGACGACGGGGAACUACCCGAGUGGAUCACGGCGUGCAGCGACGACAGCCAGAGUGUGGAAGACGAGAUUGAAGAGCCUCCUCCAAAAAAGAAGGCGAAGGCCGUAACAGUGAAGGAAUUCAAGGCCACCAAGCCGAAAGCGCAACCCAUCGGAGGAAACAAGGAAAAGAAGAAGCAGGAGAGACUGACACCCAAGCAACGCGAGAGGAUGAAGGAACUUCAAUUCAUGAAGGCUGCAGCUCGUUCCGCGAAGAGAAGUCAAAUGCCCAAGCGGCUGCGCGUGACCCACACUUCUCCAAAUGACGUCCACAACAACUCAAGGCGGCCAAAGAACCAAAAGAAACGGAAACUAAAGGCUAGUGGCUGGCGCGCAGAAGAACCGAAGAAACCACAGGGCGGCAAAAACGAAAAUAAGAAGCAAAGAAAUGUCAAAACGAUGGGCAAAAAAGCCUUUAAAUCGAAGGGCCGGUAUAAACGCCGAUAAGUCUGAAGACUUAGAACGCCACAAAGAGUUGCGAUAAUCUUUGUGCAAAAAAACGUAUACCGCAAGUGACGGCGCUCGUUUUUCUGCUGGUGGUUUUCAGCCGGAU